AUGACGUUCUUGCGCUUCUUUCUACUUCUGUCGUCGUUCGCCUUAAUCGUCUGGGGUGACCGAAAUGUUGAUUCAAAUGACCUCCUGAAGCAAAUGUUCGGAAUAACCAGAGAUGAGAGCAAAUCCAUGGAAGAUCUUCAACAGCGUUUCGUUGAUGAUCACGGGAAUAUUAACAAGAAUCAAGUUGUGGACGUAGAUUUGGGUCCCGGUGAAGGAUCAAAACGUACCAAAGAUCCGUUAUUCACUGUGCAAUACCAAGAAGCGUCAAUGAGUGAUUCCUUACGUGAGACGACCGACGACGAGAAGCAACAAGCCCUCGAACAUGGCUUUGAAUUGCUGUAG